AGAACGUGUUUGUUUUUGACACUUUUCGUGUUGGAUCAUGGAGGGUGAUGAGAUGAGUAUGGAUGAAGAGGAUCUCCAGACGUGGAUCAGAGUCCAGGUAGGGAAGGCGGAGCUGAUUCCUCCAACGGUCCUGCAGAAAUACUACGAGCUUCACCGUCUGCUGGAAAAGAGGCAGAACCAGAGCAUCCAGAUGCUGCAGCUCUGCAGGUCUCUAACGGCCUGUGAGAACAUAGUGACGGAGCUGUAUGCUGGACUUGGAUGGGACUACGAGGAUUCGGAUUCCAGUGAAGGGAACAAACCUCCAGGUGAUGGAGUCACUCCUCCGUCGUCCGUUUGCUCAGAGAAUGUUUCGCCUCCUGGAGGUCAAACCCCUCAUUCACCGAAAACUCAAAACACAUCUGAUGAUCCAAAACGUCCCGUCAUUCCAGGCAAAAAGGCCGUUGUUGUUCUAAGGAGGCUGAGCAGGUCGGAGCUCGUCAAGUUUGUUCAGACUCAGAAUCUGUCGGCGCUUCAGAACGGGGAACGUGACCGGGAGUCGGAGGAGGACUCUCCCGUCACCGAUUCUAUAACUCGGAAGAAGAGAAAACUCCAUCAUAGGAACCAGAAACUGAAGGAGGGAACCGGGCAAAGAAACCGAACAGAUGCGGUUGAUAAGACCGGAACCUCCAGACCGGCGGGCCGGAGUCCAGAGAGCGCCAGCAGGGAUGUUCGGAAGAGCUCGUCAUCCAGAGUCGGCCUCAGCACCGAUGCUGAGAGCAGCGCCAAGAAACAACGCCGGCCGGAGACGGCUAAAACAGCAGCACCUCCGUCCAAACCGGAAAACGCCAUGAAACCGGCGGCGAGCGCGGAGAAGACGCUGGCAGGAGGAGAGGAGAAAAUGAAGGAGCAGGCGGCAAACAAGAGCGGAGUGACCUCUGCAGGAACCAAGGCUCCAGCCAAGACGCCGCUGGAGGAGCCGGCGCCAAACAUGAGAGUCAUAGCGAGAAAGACGGAGCUGCAGUGGAAGCUGGGAAAAAUUAUAGAGUUAGUGACCAAGGGUGACGGCAGGGUGAAAUACAAGAUCAAUUUUGACAAAAAGGGGAAGAGCCUGGUGUCUGGUCACCACAUCGCCUAUGAAUCCCGGGCAAAGGUCGACCAGCUGGACAUCGGCACCCGCGUGGUGGUCCACCGAGGCGAGGAAUACCUCCCAGGGAUCCUCGGUGAGAUCCCCUCCAGAAAGAAUCGAAUGAGAUUCCUGGUUUUCACUGACGACGGUGCAGCGGUUUAUGUCGGAUUGCCUUUACUGCACAUCGUGUGCAGACAAUUGAAAGACCCCUUGGAGGACAUCCAGGAUGACAGGCACCGGUCUUUCAUAAAGCAGUACCUGAAGGAGUGGCCGUACCCCCCCCAGAGCCGGUACAAAGAGGGGCAGGUCCUGAAGGUGGAGCGUCAGGGAACCAUGCAGAACUGUGAGGUUCUGCUCGUCGACAGCAGCUUGAUAAAAGUCGUUUUCCAGAGUGACCAGCACACGGAGUGGAUCUUCAGAGGCUCCUUACGAAUAGAAAACAUUCUGAAGCUGAGGGGCUGGUUGCUGCCCAAAGAGGGCAAAGACGAGAAGUGAACGCUUGACCUGAAAUGAACUGUUUCCAUGAGAAUCUGCCUGUGAAGUUAUUUAAUAAAAUAAGUUUCUGAAGGAGGACAUUUAUUGUGAAAGGACGGAAUGAGGAACUUCCUUUUGACCUGUUUGAUGGCGUUCCUCUGGUCUACGGGACGUUUCUUCAGUUUUUUUAGUCUCUUGAAGAAAAACCUGCUUCUUAAGUAUUACACUGUGGACAUCCAAGUAGCUGGAAACCACCAAAGCAUUUUUUUUUUUUGUGCAUUUGUAAAAACGGAAUGUUUAUUGUAAUGUAGAUUUUAGUUUUAAUAAACCUUCUGUAUUUUUA